CAAGUGUAUAAAACGUGUGGGAGAAGUAUUAAUUUGGGACUAUCGAUGGGAAGUGUUCAUGAGAAUGGGUGUAUGAUGCUGGGAACUUCAGGGUGAACUCAGCACCGCCCUAACUUCCCCAAGCAAGGCCGGGGAAAUGAGACAUUCUGCAUGAUUCAGCAGCUGCUGCGGCGGCCGGGGUUGUGGUUGUUGCUGCUGAUCUUAUAGCAAGAUCUUUGGCUGCAGUUGCUGCUGCUGCUGCUGUUGUUGUUGUUGCUGUUGUUGCUGCUGCUGCUGCUGUUGUUGUUGUUGUUGUUGUUGCUGCUGCUGCCGCUGCUGGGGGAGUUCUUGCUUCUCCCGGAGUUGCUGGUGUCCAGGGAGGAGUUGGUGCCGGAGUUGCUGCAGCAGGAUCCCGCUGAGAGAGCGGAGAGUGGAGAGCGGGCCUGGUCGGGGUCGAGGGAGCGGCGGAGAACCAAGCUCGGCCCGGGGACAGAGAGAGAGAGAGAGAGAGAGACUCGGCCGGGAGAGACUCCCACAGCCCGGGGCCCGGAGGCUUCUGGAGACCAGGUCGGGCCUACGGUCGGCGCCUCACCUCACCUCACCUCUAAGGAAACCCUGGGUGCAUAACCGGUUUCUAAUGGCGCAAGAAUCCAACGGCUUUGUAUGCAAUGGGGUGCAAUCCUCACCUGAUGAAAACGAGUUACCCUCUGGCUUCCCACAAAAUAUCUGUGACGAUGUACCGGAGGAGAAGUACCUGUGCAGCUUUUGUAAAAACGUCUUGAAGAAGGCAUACCAAACGUUGUGUGGCCAUCGAUACUGCUGGGCUUGUGUGGAGUGGAUCGUCAAAUACAAUACAAGUUCAGUCUGCCAAAAAUGUAAGGAAGAUGACCCACAGAGUGUAAAUGAAGAUAGCAUUUUGGCUUUGGGAAAGAUGUUCAGUGAUGCUGCAGUUUCCAAAGAGAUCUUGGAUUUGAAAGUGCAUUGCAUCAAUCCUGGUUGUAACUGGAAGAAUGUAAUGAAGAAUUAUGAGGAUCACGUAACUCAGUGUGAAUUUUCACUGAUACCCUGCAGUACAGGUUGUGGAUUGAUGGUUUUAAGAAAAAAACUGGCAGAUCACUUGGAAAAAGAAUGUAAAAAUAAUAUGGUGGAAUGUCAGCAAUGUGAAGUGAAGAUGUUUAUGAGAGACUUGCAGAAGCACGUGUGUGAGAAAGCACCUUCCAAAGAGAAAAAAUCUAUCCGGUUUGAUUUGGCCCACAAAGAAAAGUCUCGUUCUCCUGGAGGGAACCGAUCACGUGACGGCUGCCGUUUUGUAGAAUUAGGCUGCAAUUUUAAGGGCAGCAAAGAACGUGUCAAGGAUCAUGAAAGUGGGUCAGUUGCCGCACAUCUUGCAUUAUUACUCCAGUUUGCCAAUACUCUGAACACCAACCUGCACAGCUUUGGCGCUGCUGAUGAUGAAGAAGAUACAUCGGCGCUUGCUCUCCCUUCACUGAUCACUCAACUGCAGCUCAGAGUCCAAGAAAUCGAAAAGAAUGUACUGUCUCUGUCGUACAAAAAUUCAUUAUCCUCCCUACGCUCCCAGGUGGCAGUGGAAUCAAACGGUGAUUUAGAAACGGAUCAUUUUGAAGGAGCUUCUGGAUCCAGUAACAGCUCAGAUUCGCCGGCACCGCUGUAUUCUGGUCAAGCAUUGACGGGCUGUCAAAAUAAAAUUGAUGCUCUUGAAUGCAAAAUCCAGACAUUUGAAAACAUUGUGACCGUUUUGAACCGAGAGGUAGAAAAGACUCAUACCACUAUGGUUGCUUUUGAGAGACAAAACAAGAUUGACCAAGAUGCCAUUAAAGCUUUGGAACGCAGGGUUUCUGAUCAGCAGCACCUAUUGGCUUUGAAGGAUAUGGUUAUCAAUGACUUCCGCAUACAGCUGCUCAAUUUGGAGCACAUUUCCUAUGAUGGAAUAUUGAUUUGGAAAAUUGCUGACGUCAAUAGAAAACGGCAGGAGGCCAUGUCAGGGCGAACGACAAGUCUUUACUCCCCAGCAUUCUACACCAGCAGAUAUGGCUACAAAGUGCGCAUGAGAAUAUAUUUAAACGGAGACGGGGCUGGUCGAGGAGGUCACAUCUCCUUGUUCUUUGUUAUCAUGAAGGGAGAAUAUGACGCCUUGCUUCAAUGGCCAUUUAAGCAGAAGGUUACGUUCAUGCUCUUGGACCAGAACAGUCGGGAACAUUUAAUUGAUGCAUUUCGUCCGGAUGCUAACUCGUCCUCAUUUCAACGGCCAGUCAGUGAGAUGAAUAUCGCCAGUGGAUGCCCUAUGUUUUUACCAUUGUCCAAACUCGACGCUCCCAAGCAGGCCUACCUGAAAAAUGAUGCCAUGUUUAUCAAAUGCAUUGUAGAUGCUGCAAGUUAAUGGGGCAAGAGUUGAAAAGCUGCAGAAACGAGUUUGUAUUUUCAUUGUCUUGUCUUUCGCACUGAUGUUUUUACAAGUACCACAGAACAAUAAUUUUAUUUAAAAACAGAAAUAUCUGUGUGAAUGAUGUACUGCAUCAUCUAUUGUGAUUUUUUAUUAAUAGAACAUUGGUAUCUGUAAAUAUAUAUUUUCAACUUUGGAAAUGCAAAAUUAAGAUGAUUGAAUUUCAUGAUUGUGAAUCAUUGCAUUGUGUGAGUGUUGCAAAUUUUUAGUGGUGCAUGUAAUAAUUUAUUUUACAGUAGUGUUCCCUGUGUUCCUGUUUUGAGUAUGAAAUAUUGUUUGGUGAUUCUGUUUAUUUUGUGUAUGAAAUAUAUGCAAGAGGUCUUUGUCUCUUGGAUUGUGCCUUCUCCAGUUGAGUUUGUCCCUUCGCCAAUGAGCAGCGUCUGCCGUCUCCGAUUACUGCUUUAUAAAGACUAUUUCUGUUAAAUGGCUUGACAAGAGAAAUGCUGUGAACGUCAUUUGGGAAUUAAUAUGAAAAAUAAAUUUCCAUUUAUUGCAAAGAGAAAAUUAAGAUAAUUUUAAAAUUGAUGGGCAGAUACAGAUCCCUACCCAUAUUUUUUUAAUGAAAACUUCAUUGCUCUGUUAAUUGCUCGAAAUCGAUUGAAAGAUACAGCAUGAAAAUGUGUUUGGCCCAUGGAGUCUGCGCCGACCAAGAUCCCCACACACACGUACCCUAUCCUACACAUACUAGGGACAAUUUUACAUUUAUAUCAAGCCAAUUAAUGGACAAACCUGUACGUCUUUGGAGUGUGGAAAGAAACCGAAUAUCUCAGAGAAAACCAUGCAGGUCACAGAGAGAACAUAUAAACUCUGUACAGACAAGCAGCCGUGGUCAGGAUCGAGCCCGUGUCUCUGGCGCUGUGAGGCAGUAGCUCUACCACUACGCCACCGUGCCACCCAUUUAUGUCUUGGUGUUUUAAUUUAUUGGAAUUUAAUCUUUCACUUUUUUGGUGUUUUUUCCCCUGAUAGGUUUAAUUCAAUGAUGCAAUGGAAUAUUUUGAUUUGCAUUGUCAUUUAUAAGCUUGGGUCAACAAUGUAUGCAGUACAUGUCAGAUUUUACCAGGUUGAUGCCUGGAUUAGGGGUUAUUAGCUGCAGGGAAAGGUUGGAUGGACUGGGAUUUUUUUCGCUGGAAUGCUGGAGGUUGUGUCAAGACCUGAUAGAGAAGUAUGUACAAUUGUGAGAGACAAUGCAAGAUAAGCAAUCAGAAUUUUUUUCCCCCCAGGAUAGAAAAAUCAAAUAUUAGGGGGCAUAGCUUUAAGGUCAGAGGGGCAAAAUUUAAAAAGAGGGUAGUGAGUGCCUGGAACUUUUGUACAGGCACAUGGAUAUGCAGGGAGUGGAGGGAUGUGAGAUGUGCAGGUGGAUGAGUGCUUGUCUUGGCAUCAUGUUUGAUACAGACAUUGCUCUUGUGCUGUACUGUUCUAUGCCACACAAAGGAAUCGCUAAAGAAUUGUGAAAUUGAAUCCUUGAUAAUUACAAAAGAGAUGGGAUAUAAAA